CUUGCAGCAACGCAGCGGCUGCAAGAGAGAUAUGUAUUAAAGGCAACAGCGGCCUUGUUAUUUUGCUUGAGCCCUUUAAUAAUACUGACGGAGGAUCUAAGUGUAAAGAGUUAGAGCUACUAUUCUUGCUCCUUGCGAUAACGAGGGCCUACGAAUAGAACCCGCAUGCAAGAGAUAGAUAUUAUUUUCAGAAAAUGCAAAAUCACAUCUCCCCUCAUAUACUCCUCCCAAAAAAUUCAACACAGGCCUACAGAUAGCUCCCGGCUCACAACGGCGCCCAGGCUGGCUUACAACAGCAAAGCUACUUUUCUUACUGAGCAAAGCCAGUUUCCCAUGCGUUGAAGCAAAUCUCUUGCCGCUAAAGCCAAGUUAGUGGCUUCGCGGCCCGGGUCUGGCCAGCGCCACCGUGCCUGACGAUGCCUUUCAACGCGGGCUGUUUACUCGCUUGGCCAACGAUGGCGAAUUCACAGUUGCAGAUGCAGUGACAAGUUUUUUGAAGUUUGAAUCGGAAGAGACAAAUUUCCGUACUCAUAGCGACAAGCACAUCUGGCCUUGGCAAUCAUGUUAUGCCCUACUUCGGAUUGUCAGGGAAAUAUCAGCAAUAGAAGGACUAGACAAGUUGGUAGCCUUUGUCCUGCAGCUAAAAAAGAGGGAAGUGCAUAAUCCUGAAACAAGAAAGCAAAUCAUGUAUGAAGAUUGCCGCGUGUGGACCGAUUUGCCGUACUUUGGAUGGACUGUUAGCGACGAGCUGAAUACUGGCAUUUAUGGUCUUAAUGGAAAGUUGGUUCCACCUGAAGAGCUCAAAUGCAUGGAAAAUCUCGUCAUUUAUAUGGCACGCCUUAGCAAUGCGACCGAUAUUCCUUAUUCUAGCCUAACCCCGCCAAUCACCGACUUUACUGGUUGGGCCAUGCAUGAUUUUCGCAAUGCAUUUAAAGAACCAAAUGAAAGCUUCGAGCUCAAGAAACAUACUACUAGAUGCUGGUGCCUCUGGUUGAUUCAUGCAGGCUAGCGAUUGUUAACGAACUGCCAACAUGCGCCUGGCUGGUCCGGUGGUGACCCCGAUGAUAUUACCCGGAUGUCCCAAAAGGACUGGGGGAUUUGGAAGAUGACAACUAGAACGGCGCGCGAGAAAUAUGAUAAGGAUACGACUCGGCUGGUUGAUGAUGCACUGAAGAGUAUGCGCGACGCGGAGGACAAGCAUGGAGGGCCGUACGCGAAAAGCGAAGCUAGAAAUCACUGAUCCAAGCAUAUAAUAGGUGGAAAUAUCUCCUCAGAUACCAAUUAGCAUUCACUUAAAUACAGAUUCCAGCCACAUCGCCUGGAUAAUACAUUAACUACAAGUAUACACGUCACAUGGGAUGCGCGAGAGUAUCAUAUUUGCCGCGAUGUUCUGUGUACUAGCCAC